AUGGCCCCUUUCAUCGUCUCUGCAUUUUUACUGACCAAGCGCCAUGGAGGUGACGGCAGCGUAGGAGCUCCAGGAAGCAUCCAAGACUCUGGAGGCAGAAGCCCAGAUCCGUCAACAAUCGUCGCACUCGUUAUCGGAGUUCUAGCUCUUCUGGCAACGCUCGUACAGACUCUACAACAGUACAUUGCUACAGCAGAUGGCUUCAGACGUUGUGGUCCAGGUGUGAUGGGUCCAUGGGGCCGCAAGACUCGGUUGCGUUGGCGUUGGAGGGAGUUCCGAUUCGAAGUCCUUUACUGUGUCCCUUUCAUCGAGUUCGGCCUGCCUAACAAAGGAGAAGGUGGUUCUCGAAGUCUUCGACCUUUCUGCGAUCAACCAGAGCUCACCACCUUCGACCCCAACCCACCGGACAAGAAAAGAGACUGGAACGCUGAACUAGCUGGAUGGGUCCACCUGCUGCACAAUCUAGGCUUACACGACCAGUACGUCAGAUCGAGAGUUGUUCCUGUCUUUCUCCGCGACACAGGACGCAUGGCCUAUUGCAACUGGCUCCGAUGUGCACACGUUGAAAAGGCGUAUCGCAGCUGGGACUUUGUGCCUGACGACGUUUUGAGACCUUUGGCCAUCACAACACUUGCAGGAUUAGCAGCAACCACCCGUCGGCUAGGCAUGAGCUAG